CAAUUAUCCAUUAUCCAUUUAAAACCAAUCAUCCUCACAUUUCCAAAUGAAAAGUGAAUAUCACAUUGGAUGCAUUGAAUUGUUGUUUCCCUACCACCACCCCUUUUAACUUCUCUUCACUUUGACAUCACAACUUAAAACUAUUUUUUUGGGAUGUUGAGAUGAGAUCAUGAGACAAGCGUUCAGAGGACGUGUUGAGAGUUUCUGAUAUCUUCCACGACAGCUAAGACCAUGAAUCUGAAGAGAAAGAACUGAAGAAGAGGGAGGAAAGUGAGAGUUGGUUACUCCCUUAGUUUUCAAAUUUAGAAUGGAUGAUGAAGAUGUCAUAUUACACAUCCAAUGGGUUCAAUAAAUUCUUGGGUACCUACACAGACUGUUUCGUAGAAUUUUCCUAAAAGAUAUUUUGAAAGGUAGAUCGAUGGAAAGGAGACUUUGACUUACCAGUCGCCGGGCCGCCUCAGAUCCGCUACUGCCUGUUUUGGAUGGCUAUAAUAUUAUUGAUGGGCUGCGUAAACGCUGCUUAUGAGUUAUGGGUAGCAUGAAAUUUUCAACGAGAAGGUGUUCUGCUAAUUAUCUUGUUUUCUUGCUUAUUUCUUCAGGUUUUCACUGGCAAUUUGCUGAUGCAUUUACAGAUACAAUCUUACAAGGUCAGUCAAUCACAACCUCUCAGACCAUCAUAUCUGCUGCUGGUAACUUUGAAUUAGGAUUCUUCUCGCCUGGAAACUCCACAAAUUAUUAUGUGGGGAUAUGGUACAAGAAAGUCUCAAACCAAACCAUUGUCUGGGUGGCUAACCGAGAGUAUGCGUUCAAAAAUCGGUCUGUGGUUCUUACUGUCAGGACAGAUGGUAACCUCGAGGUUUGGGAGGGGAAAAUUUCAUACAGGGUGACAAGCAUAUCAUCAAAUAGCAAAACUAGUGCCACCCUGUUGGAUUCUGGAAAUCUUGUUUUGAGAAAUGACAACUCGAGUAUCUUAUGGCAAAGCUUUGACUAUCCAUCGGACACUUUCUUGCCGGGGAUGAAACUUGGAUACGACAAAAGGGCUGGAAAAACAUGGUCAUUAGUGUCAUGGAAGAGCUCAGAAGAUCCCAGUCCAGGAGUUUUCUCCCUGAAGUACGACCCUAAGGGAACCGGCCAGAUUUUUAUCUUGCAAGGGUCCACAAUGUACUGGGCUAGUGGCACCUGGGACAGGGAUGGGCAGGUUUUCAGCUUGAUUCGUGAGAUGCGCUUAAACUAUAUGUUUAAUUUCAGUUAUUCGUUUAGUAAGGAGGAGAGCUAUAUCAAUUACUCUAUUUAUGAUUCUUCAACUAUAAGCAGAUUGGUGCUGGAUGUGUCAGGGCAGAUUAAGCAAAUGGCAUGGCUUGAAGCCUCUCAUCAAUGGCAUAUGUUUUGGUUUCAACCAAAAACGCAAUGUGAGGUUUAUGCUUACUGUGGGCCUUUUGGAAUCUGCAAUGAUAGUGCAGUUGAUGGAUUUUGUGCAUGUUUGCCAGGUUUUGAACCUGCCUCCCCUAAUAACUGGAACUCGGGUGACAAAUCUGGAGGGUGUGUGAGGAAAGCAGAUUUGCAGUGUGGCAAUAGUACUCAUGCUAAUGGGGAGAGAGACCAGUUUCAUCGGGUGUCUAAUGUGAGACUGCCAGAGUAUCCACUAACACUCCCAACGAGUGGUGCCAUGCAGUGCGAGUCAGAUUGCCUAAAUAACUGCUCUUGCUCUGCUUAUUCUUACAACGUGAAGGAGUGUACAGUAUGGGGUGGAGAUCUUCUAAACUUGCAACAGCUAUCAGAUGACGACAGUAAUGGUCGAGAUUUCUAUCUCAAACUUGCGGCCUCUGAGCUAAAUGGGAAAGGCAAUAAAAUUUCUAGCAGCAAGUGGAAGGUGUGGCUAAUUGUUACACUGGCCAUUUCCCUAACUUCGGCCUUUGUCAUUUGGGGGAUAUGGAGAAAGAUCCGAAGAAAAGGGGAAAAUUUGUUACUAUUUGAUUUCAGUAACAGCUCAGAAGAUACCAACUAUGAACUUAGUGAGGCAAAUAAACUUUGGAGAGGCGAGAAGAAGGAAGUUGAUUUGCCAAUGUUCAGUUUUGCGAGUGUAUCUAUUGCUACUAAUAACUCUAUUGAAAAUAAACUAGGAGAGGGUGGUUUUGGACCAGUUUACAAGGGAAAGUCACAAAAAGGAUAUGAGGUAGCUGUGAAAAGGCUUUCAAAAAGAUCUGGACAGGGAUGGGAGGAGUUAAAGAAUGAAGCCAUGCUUAUAGCCAAGCUGCAACAUAAGAAUCUUGUGAAGCUGUUCGGCUGCUGCAUUGAGCAAGAUGAGAAGAUAUUGAUUUAUGAGUAUAUGCCCAACAAAAGCUUGGAUUUCUUCCUAUUUGAUUCUGCAAAUCAUGGGAUUUUGAAUUGGGAGACACGGGUUCACAUCAUUGAAGGGGUUGCUCAGGGUCUUCUUUAUCUACAUCAGUACUCUAGAUUGAGGAUUAUUCAUCGAGAUUUGAAGGCUAGCAACAUUCUUCUAGAUAAGGACCUGAAUCCUAAAAUAUCAGACUUUGGAAUGGCAAGAAUAUUUGGGAGCAACGAAUCAAAAGCAACAAAUCAUAUAGUUGGGACUUAUGGCUACAUGUCCCCUGAGUAUGCUUUGGAAGGCCUCUUUUCGACUAAAUCUGAUGUCUUUAGCUUCGGGGUUUUAUUACUAGAGAUUUUGAGUGGCAAGAAGAAUACUGGAUUUUACCAAAGCGACUCCCUCAAUCUUCUCGGAUAUGCAUGGGAUCUGUGGAAAGACAGCAGGGGGCAGGAAUUGAUGGAUCCAGUGUUGGAAGAGGCAUUGCCAAGACACAUUCUGUUGAAGUACAUCAAUAUAGGCCUUCUUUGUGUUCAAGAAAGUGCAGAUGACAGGCCUACGAUGUCUGAUGUUGUCUCAAUGCUUGGCAAUGAAAGUUUACAUUUACCUUCUCCAAAACAACCGGCAUUUUCAAAUCUGAGAAGUGGGGUGGAACCACAUAUAUUUCAAAACAGGCCUGAAAUGUGUUCCUUAAAUAGUGUGACACUUUCAAUUAUGGAAGCACGAUAUGGAAUGAUUCUCUCUCAUCUGUGGACGCAGACAUGGUUGGCCAGAUGUGAUGAGGGAGCAGCAACACCACUCUUCAUCUCUGAACUAGACUGUGAUGUAGACUUUGGGAUGGAUCUUGACCCCAACUCAACCUCCACCUUUAUGGGUAACAUGAAAAUUUCAACCAGAAGGUGGUCUGCUAAUCUUGUUUUCUUGCUUAUUUCUUCAGGUUUUCACUGGCAAUUUGUUGAUGCAUUUACAGAUGCAAUCUUACAAGGUCAAUCACUCACAACCUCUCAGACCAUCGUAUCCGCUGGUGGUAACUUUGAAUUAGGUUUCUUUUCUCCUGGAAAGUCCACAAAAUACUAUGUGGGGAUAUGGUACAAGAAAAUCUCAGAGCAAACCAUUGUGUGGGUAGCUAACCGAGACUAUUCAUUCACAAAUCCAUCCGUGGUUCUUACUGUCAGCACAGAUGGCAACCUCGAGAUUUUGGAGGGGAAGAUUUCGUACAAGGUGACAAGCAUAUCAUCAAACAGCAACACUAGUGCCACCCUGUUGGAUUCUGGAAAUCUUGUUUUGAGAAAUAAGAAGUCAGAUGUCUUAUGGGAGAGCUUUGACUAUCCAUCGCACACUUACCUGCCGGGGAUGAAGCUUGGGUACGACAAAAGGGCUGGAAAAACAUGGUCAUUGGUGUCAUGGAAGAGCGCAGAAGAUCCCAGUCCAGGAGAUUUCUCCCUGCAGGUCGACCCUAAUGGAACUAGCCAGAUUUUUAGCCUGCAAGGACCCAACAGGUAUUGGACUACUGGGGUGUGGGAUGGGCAGAUUUUCACCCAGGUUCCUGAGAUGCGUUUGCCCGACAUGUAUAAGUGCAAUAUAUCCUUUAAUGAGAAUGAAAUCUAUUUGACUUACUCUCUUCAUAAUCCCUCCAUUCUGAGCAGACUGGUGCUAGAUGUGUCAGGCCAGAUUAGGUCUCUGAAUUGGCAUGAAGGCACACGUGAAUGGGAUUUAUUUUGGCUUCAACCAAAAACACAGUGUGAGGUUUAUGCUUACUGUGGGCCUUUCGGAACCUGCACUCGGGAUUCUGUUGAAUUUUGUGAAUGCUUGCCAGGUUUUGAACCUCGCUUCCCUGAAGACUGGAAUCUGCAAGACAGAUCUGGAGGGUGUGUGAGGAAAGCAGAUUUGCAGUGUGUCAAUGAAAGCCAUGCUAAUGGGGAGCGAGACCAGUUUCUUUUGGUGUCUAACGUGAGACUGCCCAAGUAUCCAGUAACACUGCAAGCAAGGAGUGCUAUGGAGUGCGAAUCAAUUUGCCUGAAUCGCUGCUCUUGCUCUGCUUAUGCUUAUAAGAGAGAGUGUAGAAUAUGGGCUGGAGAUCUUGUAAACGUGGAGCAGCUACCAGAUGGUGACAGUAAUGGUAGAAGUUUCUAUAUCAAACUUGCUGCCUCUGAGCUAAAUAAGAGAGUUUCAAGCAGCAAGUGGAAGGUAUGGCUAAUUAUUACACUGGCCAUAUCUUUAACUUCAGCCUUUGUCAUUUAUGGGAUAUGGGGAAGGUUCCGAAGAAAAGGGGAAGAUUUGUUAGUAUUUGAUUUCGGUAACAGCUCAGAAGAUACCAGCUAUGAGCUUGACGAGACAAAUAGACUUUGGAGGGGCGAGAAAAGGGAAGUUGAUUUGCCCAUGUUCAGUUUUGCGAGUGUAUCUGCUUCUACAAAUAACUUCUCUAUUGAAAAUAAACUAGGAGAGGGCGGUUUUGGAUCUGUUUACAAGGGAAAGUCACAAAGAAGAUAUGAAGUAGCUGUGAAAAGGCUCUCUAAAAGAUCUAAACAGGGAUGGGAGGAGUUAAAAAAUGAAGCCAUGCUUAUAGCCAAGCUGCAACACAAGAAUCUUGUGAAAGUUUUGGGAUAUUGCAUCGAGAGGGAUGAGAAGAUAUUGAUUUACGAGUAUAUGUCCAACAAAAGCUUGGAUUUCUUCCUCUUUGAUCCUACAAAACAUGGGAUUCUAAAUUGGAAGACACGAGUUCACAUCAUUGAAGGGGUUGCUCAGGGACUUCUUUAUCUGCAUCAGUACUCCAGAUUGAGGAUUAUUCAUCGAGAUUUAAAGGCUAGCAACAUUCUUCUGGAUAAGGAUAUGAAUCCUAAAAUAUCAGAUUUUGGAAUGGCAAGAAUAUUUGGAGGCAACGAAUCAAAAGUAACAAAUCAUAUAGUUGGGACUUAUGGCUAUAUGUCCCCUGAGUAUGCUUUGGAAGGUCUAUUCUCCACUAAAUCUGAUGUCUUUAGCUUUGGGGUCUUGUUAUUGGAGAUUUUGAGUGGCAAGAAGAAUACUGGAUUUUACCAAACCGACUCGCUCAAUCUUCUUGGAUAUGCAUGGGAUCUGUGGAAAGAUAGUAGGGGGCUGGAGUUGAUGGAUCCAGGGUUGGAAGAGACAUUGCCAACACACAUUCUGUUGAGGUACAUCAAUGUAGGCCUUCUUUGUGUUCAAGAAAGUGCAGAUGAUAGGCCUACCAUGUCUGAUGUUGUCUCAAUGCUUGGCAAUGAAAGUGUACGUUUACCUUCUCCAAAACAACCGGCAUUUUCAAAUCUGAGAAGUGGGGUGGAACCACAUAUAUCCCAAAACAGGCCUGAAGUUUGUUCCUUAAAUGGUGUGACACUUUCAGUUAUGGAAGCACGAUAAUGGUUCAGAACUUAAUAAAUAAUAUGCUUAAAUUUUAGCAUAUUGUCUUGUAUUGUUCUUGGUGAAUUCAUAGCUCAAAUACUAAAAUGGACAAGUGACCUUAUGUGUGAAUUUUUCUUCCAAAACAGUUUAAUAAUCAUCUUGUACUCAAUCCCUAUGGAUUCA